CCGGCCCGGCGCGGCCCCUCCCAGGCGGCAGCAGCAGGAGGAGCCUCCCCGCCACCGGCAGCCGCCGGGCUGAAGCGCAGGCAGGGCAGGGGGUGAGCCAUGUCCCUGACGGGGCGGCGGCAGGAGGAAGAGGAGGAAGAAGAAGGGCCUGGGCCCGGUGCGGGGGAUGGCGGAGGGGAGGAGGUGGUGCAGAUCCGGCUGGGGGACAAGCGCUACCCGGUGUGCAAGAGGAAGCUGAUCGAGCAGAGCGAUUACUUCCGAGCCUUGUACCGCUCGGGCAUGCGGGAGGCAGGGCAGGGCCAGGAGGAGCAGCUGCUGCGCGGGGGGCUGAGCGCCCUGGGGCUGGAGCUGGUCCUGGACUUCAUCAACACCUCCUGCCUGGCCAGGCUGGAGCAGGAGGAGGGGGGCGAGGAGGAACCCCCUUUGCUGGAGGAGCUGGUGGAAGCCGCUUCCUACCUGCAGGUCACCCCCUUGCUCCGCCUGCUCCUCUCCCAGGUGAGGUUGGGCAACUGCUUCGAGCUGCACCGCCUGGCUCAGGUCUACGGCCUCCAGGACUUGCACGACGCCUGCCUAGACUUCAUGGCCGCCCACUACCAUCAGGUGCUGCGCAGGCCCGACGCCCGCCCGCAUCUCCUCCUGCCCCACGCUCUCCAGCAGCACUUGAAGGAGAGGCGGAUGAGGGGCACUGCCACCCUGGUGGCCAUCGGGGACUUCAUGGGUGCCUCCGCCCUGGGCCUGCCUCCAGGCCCUCACCCUCCGGUGGAAGCCCCCUGGUCGAUGCUGAGGUACGACGAGGAGGUGCAGAGGUGGCUGCCCUUGGCCAACAACCUGCCCCCUGAUCUGGUCAACGUCCGAGGCUACGGGUCGGCGAUGCUGGACAACUACCUCUUCAUCGUCGGGGGCUACAGGAUCACCAGCCAAGAGAUUUCAGCUGCCCACUGUUACAACCCUUGCCUGAACGAAUGGAGUCAGCUGGCUUCGAUGAACCAGAAGAGGUCCAAUUUUAAGCUUUUGGCUGUAAAUGGAAAGCUCUAUGCCAUCGGUGGUCAAUCCCUUUCCAACGUGGAGUGCUAUAACCCAGAAAACGACUGGUGGAAUUUUGUGGCAUCCAUGCCAAACCCUCUUGCAGAAUUCUCAGCUUGCGAAUGCAAGGGCAAGAUCUACGUUAUUGGAGGAUACACUACACGAGAUAGGAAUAUGAACAUUUUGCAGUACUGUCCCACUUCUGAUUCCUGGACCAACUUUGAACUUUGUGAUGUCCAUGUUCGCAAACAACAGAUGCUCUCUGUUGAAGAAACUAUAUACCUGGUAGGGGGUUGUAUUCAUGAACUUGGACCAAACCAAAAAUCCAGCCAAAGUGAGGACGUGUUAACUGUGCAGUCUUACAACAUUGCUACCAAAGAAUGGCUCUACCUCAAAGAGAACACAUCAAAAUCGGGUCUUAACUUGACUUGCACUCUCCACAAUGAUGGAGUCUAUAUACUGAGUAGGGAUAUUACUCUAUCUACAAGCUUGGAGCACCGUGUUUUCCUUAAGUAUAAUAUAUUUACAGACAGUUGGGAGUCACUAAGACGCUUUCCAGCCUUUGGACAAAACAUGCUGAUCUGUUCUAUGUAUUUGCCUGAUGUACGAGAACUGUAACAGCAUCAGGUAUUUCUUUUCAGCUCAUUAAUCAUUCUUGGAAGAAAUAUUGCUCCCUCUAAAGAAUUCCAUUUUCAGAAUGUAAUGUGUUUGCGGAACGUAGGCAUAAAAUACUGAUUCAGUUAUUUUAAAAAGUUGCAAAAUCCAAUAUUAAGAGAAAUGCUUCCAAAAACAGUUUUAAGAUUUCAGUUUAAAAAUUUUAUUGUUUUUGAUUAAAACUUCACCAAGUAUUGUUUGCAGUUCAAACAUAAACAAUUUAUGGUGCUUGGUACCUGAUAAAGGAGUUCCAAAGGCAAAAGUGAUCGGUCUAGUUUUUUUCUCCAUCUUAAUAGACAGUGUAGAAGAUGAGCAAGAAGUGUACAUGGUAAAAGUGGAAAUAAUGAAAUAAAGUGAAUAAUAAGUAUAAUAAAAAUCAUAAAGCCAAUGAUUUCUUUUAAAAUACAGUUUUUACUCAAAUUAUGUUCUGUCAAAUGUACAAUGUUAAAAAUUGUUUCUACUAUCGCAUUUAUAUCUCUUCUACGGUAAGAAGUGAGAUUCUCAAAGGUGCCAGCAAUUGAGGUGCCAUCAAGAAAUGAGAACUUCCCCUGAACUCUUUGUAGUGAAAUGCUUUUCCAGGGACGGGGAGGAGUUUCCCAGAGGCUUAUGGUUGCUGGUUGGAUACUAGAUUCUCCUUUAAUGGAAGUUGAUUGCAUUUAUUGCUACGGUUAAGACAGAAGCAAAUAGGCUCUAAAUUCAAAUGGACAAGUUUGCUCAUCUUCAGAAAGGUUCUAAGUUUUAGUUACCGGGCUGUAUUCUGUAGUACUGAGUCUUAAUGAUCAAAUUAUAAUUGGCAACAUGAUGCACGUUAGGAAAAUGUCCAUGAGCACAUGCAAUGGUGACUCUGCACCAGGCCCAUCCUGCCUGAUAACAGCCAUCCAGGACAUCCAUCUCUUGGUACAGGAGGGUUGAUUUGUGUAAAUGACCUCCUGUCAACACCACCCAAAUCAGGUGCACAUGAAUGUUGGCUCUUUCUUGUGUUACCAGGAGCUCGACAGAGAUUACCUGAAGCUUCCUGCCCAAACCUGUUAGACUCUACAAAGAGCACUGUGAGAGAAAUGCUCCUUUGUGAGGAUUCAGGAAUAGAUACUCUGGGAGCUUCUACCAGUUCCUGCCUAUUGCCUGAGAGAACUGUAGUGAUGAUUGGCCCCUUUUCUUUUUGUAGCUGGCAAGUUCAUACAUGUUUUCUGAAGGCACCUGCCCAGGUAUGAAAUGUGUGUCAAGUAAAGGAGAAGGUCUUGGUCACCAUGGGAAGGUUUCACUGCAGCUGUCUUUAGAGAAGAGGUAGCCGGGUUAGACAUGUGCAAAACACAUUGCAGGGAUGCUGGUUCUGUACCAGCUUUUUCUCCACCUGAGAAGACAGGAGAUUUAAUUCACAUGAACAGGUUCCAAAUAUGUGGAGAUGUCUCUUUUUUUCUUCAUUGGAAUUCAGGAAUCUGAAUCUUCUUUUGUAGAUGGAUGCCUGUUGUACAGAGGAGGAGGAGGAGGCAUCAGCGGUUCCCUCAAGGUCCUUUUAACUCCCUGCUUUUCCCUGGUUUUGAAUGAAAUCAGGGCUGACUAAAAGAGCCAUGAGACUUGAAGUGCCAAUGACUGCUCGCACAUUCAGUCAUUAGGUGCAUAAUUUUGGUGCUUCCAAUCGUGCAUAGCAACCCAAACAGAAAAUCCCAGAAAAUUCAUCCAGAGUGAAGGCAUUUGGGUUUGAACACUUUUCAGAUACGGCUGGACAUGAAGCAAAGUAUUUUGAAUGCCCAAGAUUUACCUUUUGGGUGAAAUAUUCUCAGCCUGACAGAAUAUGUUAUGCUUUGGCCCAAAGUAGUGUCUACCAUUCAGCUGUAUGCAUGAAUUUAAUUAGUUAAGUCCACCUCUAUGUGUUUGUGUUUAUGCCUUUGAAAACACAAUGCACUGAGCACCUGCUGUGUUUUGACAGCACUAUCAGCCCAAACAGUGGCUCUUCUGCAUGAGGAAUAAGGUGGCUUUCAUAAGAGUCUUCUUUUGGAAGUGUUUUAGA